GAGAAGGUUCUAAGCCUGAACCAUUUGACCCGUACAUGGCCCGUACCAGUAAUUCAGUAUAUAUAGCACCAACAACCAGGCGCCACAGCAUGUCCGUCAAGGCAAUAAUCCACGUAAAGGUUGUGAGAUCCACGUAAGGCUGUGAGCGGUUCACCAGCAAAGCACGUCGAGGUUGCAGUACAGAGAAGCUGGCGGCGGCAGCAGCGAGCAAGAUUGUGCGUUCACGGAUGGUGGCCGAUGCCGUGGUGCAGGCGUCGUCGGUGUUCGCCGCCUUCGACAAGGACGGCGACGGCAAGGUGUCGGCCGCCGAGCUGCGCGGCUCCAUGACGGCGGCGCUGGGCGAGGAGGUGUCCGAGGAGGAGGCCGCGGCGAUCCUGGCCACGGUGGACGCCGACGGCGACGGGCUGCUCGACCAGGAGGAGUUCUCCCGGCUCGGCCUCGGCGCCACCGGGGACGACGCUGGGGCGGCCGGAGCCGACGACGAGGAGGAGGUGAGGCGGCGGUGCCUGAGGGAGGCGUUCGCGAUGUACGCCACGGAGGGCGGCGACGAGCGCGCCAGGAUCACGCCGGCGAGCCUCAGGCGGAUGCUGGGCAAGCUGCUGGGGUCCGAGAAAAUGGGGCUGGAGGAGUGCAGGGCCAUGAUCUGCAGGUUUGACCUCAACGGCGACGGCGUCCUCUCCUUCGACGAGUUCAGGGUCAUGAUGAUGGCCAAUUUGUAAAGGAUGGUUGGUUCCAUUUCAUUCGUUCGCUUUUUUUUUCUUUUGACAUGUGAUUGCGGUUGUUCAAUUGUAUGUUGGGGCUUGGGUGUGAUGCUUAAGUUUCAUUUUCUUCUUCUUUCUCUUUUCAAUUUUGAUCAUGUAGAAAAGUUGUGGGUGUUAUGUCGUAAACAAACCUCUCACUAUUUGACCUGUAGUUUGUUGAUAAAAUCUUGUUCGUAAUCAUUUUAAACAAAUGCUAAACUCUCUUGUUGACA